AUGGAAUGCAACAUUUUGGAAGACGAUGCCUAUAAUAUUAGGACACCGAAAAUAAUAAAUAAAGAAAGUUCUACUGAAAAAAAUUAUUCCGAAGACGAUAAAAAUACGUCUUGUUAUGUUAGUUAUUCGUCAGUAGGUGAUGAUGGAUAUUUAGAUGUAGAAUGUGAAAAUAUUCAAAACCCCAAAGAUUCCCACACAUUUAAUUACAAUGACCGUGUAUAUAAUAAUAAUACCAAAAAUAAUAACUAUGUUCGUGAUCAAAAUUUAGCUAGCUAUAGUAACGAAAUUAAUUACAAUACUAAUAUAAUGAGUGAUAGCAAUGUGAAUAAUAACAAUGAGACAAAUAAUUUUGUGAACAAUUCGAAUAGUCAAGUUGAUUGUAAUUCCUUAAUGAAUUUUUAUUCGAACGAAAAUGAAUUUUUAAAUAAUAAUGGUGAAUCAUGUGAUAUGGAUGUUUUAAAAAAUUAUAAAAAUUGCAUAGACAACAAUAAAAAUCAUGAUGAUUACAAAUGUGCAAAUUUAAAACAAUGGAACAAAGAUAACGUUACAACAUCUAAUAAUAAUUUAAAUGUCUGUUCUAAAAAAAAUAACGAAAAAAAAAAUUCUGAAGGUAAUUUUCUUAGUGUAUUAAGCAAAUUUAAAAAAAGCAUAAAAGAUAAUGUUAUUGGAAAAAAUAUAUGGAAUAACCCCAAUUCAGAUAUUAAAUAUACAGAUCAAGAUAGUUCAAAAUUAUGUGCGAAUUUACAAGAGAAUAUUUCUGGAAUUAACGAAAAUGAUGGAGAAUAUAAUUCGUUGAAUGCUUCUAACAUUUCUGACGAAAAUCAAAAUCAAAGUGAAAAUAAAAACUAUUUUAAUCAUUUAAAUAUAUCCAAUCAAAAAUAUUUAUACAAUUCUAAUUCAAAUUUAGUUUUUUAUGAAACGAUUAAGAACAAUAACAAAAUUAUAUCAAAUGAUUGUGAUGAUGAUAAUAAUAAUAAUAACGAGCUGAGUCCUAAUAAAAAAAAAUUGUAUAAAAAAAUAAAUGAAUAUAAAAAAAAUAAUGAAUAUAAAAAAAAUAAUGAAUAUAAAAAAAAUAAUGAAUAUAAAAAAAAUAAUGAAUCCAAAUCCGAACCUAAUAAUUUCAUUCAUUGUAGUAAUUUCAACAACUUGACAGAAGAACACAUUUACAAUGAUGUUGAUUAUAAUUACAUUCUUAAAAAUAAAAGUGAAGAUAAUUUUGAAUCAAUUGACAUUCCUUUCUCUGAUGAGAAAAAUUAUAUCACUGGAAAAAGUUAUCCUAACUAUAUACGAGAAAAAAAAUAUAAAAAUAGCAAUACAGAUAUAUCACAAAACUAUAAAGAAUGUUAUCAAAAUCAUAGUAGUAAGGAUGAUUAUGAAGAAGAUCAAGAUAAUUCAAAUCAAAUGAGUGAUCAAAGUAGCUUUUUAAACCAUUAUUGUAAUGGUGAACUUAAUAGAAAAGUAAAUAUUUUAAAUGAUGUUAAUUUAUUAAAAUUAUUGUUACACUAUAAGAAAAAUAAAGGAUAUAAACCAGAUGGAAUGGAAGAUAAAAUUAUUGAUAACUUAAUUAAUUAUAAAAAGAAAAAGCAAAAUAAUUUGUUAGAAAAAAAUUUAAUAAAUAUAUGUUCUAAAUGUAUAGAUGAAAUGCAAUUAUCAAGUUAUCCAUUUUUAUGUUUUGAAUGUCUUAUUAAACAAAUUAACAUAAGAAAACAAAAACAAAAAAAAAAAGAUAUUUGUGAACCCGAAAAUGUAAAUAAUGAUUUAAAAAAUAUUAAUACAUAUAUUUUUAAUUUUUUUAAACAAGUUGAUAAAUUAAAAUUGAGAUUCAAAAUGGAUGAUGAAGAAAUCGUAUUUAUGUUUAGUGAAUUAAGAAAAUGUAAUUUAUGGAAAUCAGAAAAAAAUAUGUGUAAAAUUUUUAUUAACAUUUUUAAAAAUAAUAUUAUUGAAAAUAAUGAUUUGCUUGAAAGCAAAUUUUUAAAAAAGUUUUUUAAAGAAAAUUAUGAACAAUUUUUAAAUAAUACUGAUAAAGAACAAUUGGAGUACAUUCUCAACAACGGUCAUAUUUCAUAUGAUAGUGAUUAUAAAACUAUGAUUGAUAAUUUUUCAAAAUUUAAUAAAAUCAAACAAAUAAAAAAAAUAUUUUGUAAUGAUGAUAAUGGAGAAUAUAUAGAUACAGGUGUUGACCAAUGCAAAGAAAACGAUUUUAAAGAAAAUGACGAAAAUUUAAAUUCAUCUAGUUACAGUUAUCAAAAUUAUAGCGAACAAAAAUGGAAAAAUACUAAAUAUAUUUUUAUUAAAUAUUUAAAAAAAGGAAAAAAUAAUUCACAUCAUAUAAUAAUAUGCAAUAAUAAUACAAUUUUAAAUAAAAAAAAACAAGUUAUUAAAUAUAUACAUAAAAUAAAAUAUAUUUGCAAAUAUUUUUUUAAAAUAGAAAAUCGACAUUAUUAUAGUUCUAUUUUUACAAAUUCCUUAAAAUUAUUAAAAAAAAAUAAAAGCAACAAUAUCUAUAUAUGUAAAUGGAAAUAUAGUUUAAAAAAUAUUAUCAAAGAAAAUAUAUUAAAUAUUAGUAAUAUUAGUAAUAUUGGUAAUAUUGAUAAUAUUGAUAAUACUAGUAAUAUUGGUAAUACUAGUAAUACUAGUAAUAAUAAUAGUGAAUCAUUUGAGGAAUUUAUUUAUUCUAGUGAUAAAUAUUCUGAAAAUGAAGAUAUUUUUUUCAUUAAUAAUCUUAUUGGUAAACUAAUUAAUGAAAAUAAUAAAAUUAAAGCUUCAAAUAUUAUUUAUGAAAAUACACCAAACAAAAGAAAAUAUUAUAACAAUGAAAUUUCUUCUCCUAAAUUUGAGAAGAAACGAUUUGUUAGUUUUGAUCAAAAUCUUAUAAUACCACAUUAUAAUAAAAAUACAAACAAUUUUAUUGAAAAUAAUUGUGAAAACAUUAACAAAAUGAAAAAUACAAACGAAGAUAAUAAAAAUAAAAAUAAAAAUCUAUAUUAUUACGAACAUAGUGAUACAGAUAAAAACAACAUCGAGGGGAACCAAACAGAAAACGAUAUAAACAGUGAUAUAUUAAGCGAAAAUGAUAUAAAUAAAAAUUUUAAAAAUGACAACGAAUCUUUAUGUGAUUAUAUAGAAUGUGACGAAUCAGCUUGUGAUUCUGAAAUCAGAAAAAAAAAACGUAAGGUAGAAAAAAAUAAUAUAAAUAGUGGUGAUGAUUGUAAUGGUAAUAGUAUUGUAGCAAACACAAACUUAAAUAAAUAUUUAAACGAAAAUGUGAAUAGAAACGAAAAUGUGAACAGAAACGAAAAUGUGAAUAGAAACGAAAAUGUGAAUAGAAACGAAAAUGUGAAUAGAAACGAAAAUGUGAAUAGAAACGAAAAUGUGAACAGAAACGAAAAUGUGAAUAACGCUAAUACCGGAAACAAUGAAAAAUAUUCUAAGAAGCGCCUUAAAGAAAUAGAAAUGAUUAUUUCCCAAUUACCAAAUAUAAUAACUCAAAAAGUUAUACCCCCUCUUAGUAUGCCAUUAAAUACAAAAUGGACCAGUUUAUUUUAUGAAAUAAGAAAUAAUGAUUUUGUAAAUAUAAAAAAUAUAGAUUAUUAUAAAUUAUUUAUGAUAACAAAAAGUUUAUCAGAUAUAUUUAUUAAUAGAAAUUCUGUUUUUGAUAUUCAAAGUACAAUAAAUUCGAAAGAAAAUUUUCCAAAAAAUACAAGACUUAAUAAUAGCAUUGAGAAUAAUAUGAACACCUUAAGCAAUUGUAACAAUGCACAAAUAAAACACAAAAAAAAUAAUGAAGUGGUCGAAUUAUAUAUUCCUAAUUUUUGGAGAACUGCAAAAAAUGUAAAUGAAAUUAAAUCAAUUAGUACAGGAAAUUCUGAUGAUUUUUAUUUCAAAUUAUUAGUACAUCCUAGAGGAAACUCAAAUGAAGAUAAUUAUUUAUCAAUUUAUUUAGAAGUAAUAAAACAAGAUUUUUAUCCACCUGAUUGGGUUUUUCCAAAUGUUCGAUUUCAAUUAACUGUUCAUAAUUUUAAAUCAAAAAAAAAUUCAAUUUCUUCAUGGGCUUAUUGGUCUUUUACAAACAAUUCAUUAUCUAGAGGAUGGCAAAAAAUGAUAAAUCAUUCUAAAAUAAAUAAAUCAUCUGGAUUUUUAGAUGACAAUGGUGGGUUAUUAAUUAAAGGAAAAGCAGAAAGAUCUUUUAAAAAUUUAUGGUCUAAAUCUAUUCAAUAUACACCUCAAUAUAUAUGGAGUUAUAUACCAGAAAAAUUAUUUUCGGAUUUUAAAAAUGAUAUAUUUCUUCAAUUUUUAUUUAAAAAAUAUAUUUUUGAAACUUGCUCAUGCCCAAAUCCAAAUAGUAAUAAUAAUAAAAACACUUAUGAAAAUUCAUUAGAAAAAGACGUUGUAGAAUAUAUUAAAACUUACAUGUAUAAUAGAUAUGCAAUAGAUAUUUAUAAUUUUACUCUAUUUUGGUCUCCAGAAUUUAUUAAGAGAUUUCUUGUAAAUGAUUCAAAAAAAUUCAAAAAAUAUAAAGGUUCUUUUUAUACAAAUAUUAAACAUAUAAUUGAAAACACAUUUCUGAAAACAAAUAAAGAAGUUAUAUGUCUUAAUAAUGAUCAAAAUUUUUACAUACAAGAUACACAAAAUGAUAAAACAGAAAGCUCGGACAGUGAUUAUUACGAAUUUAAUGAUAUCAGUAUAUAUAACAAUUUAAUGAAACAAAUUAAUUUAAAAGAUUUAAAAAUGAUUUCACGUGAUGAAUCACGAAAACGUGAAACAUUCUUAAAUAAUGAUUUAUAUAGAGAUGAUAGAAAACAUAUAUUAUCUUUAACUAACUAUAUUGUACCUAUUGUUGAAUCAUUUAAUGAUAAUGAUAAUUUAACUAUUUUAGUAAAUUGCUUAUAUAAUAUCGAAUUAUUUAGAAUUAUAAUUUUGAAAUAUAAUGCUAAUUUAUAUAAUAGACUUUUAAGAAAAUAUAUUAGGAAAAAAAAAACCGAAAAAAUAUUUAAAUUUAAUUAUAUUAUGGAUAAAUAUCAAAUAGAAGAAAACAAUUCAACAUAUGAUAUUUUAUAUAGAAUAAAAAAAUAUAAUAAAAAAUCAAAAAAAAAUAUAUAUUUAUAUGAUCAUGAUGAAUUUAAAAAAAAUAUCUUAUUUAAAUUAGAAUUAAUUUAUGAUAGAGUUCGUUCUUUUCUUGUAUAUUUAGAUGAUAAAGUUAAAAACUUAAUUAAUAUAAGUCUUCAUAAUAAUAUAUUUAUAGAUGGAAAUUCAAAAUACAAUGAUCAUACAUAUGCUUUUUUUAAUAUUGGAACUAUUAUUAAUAUAAAUUCUAUAAAAAGUUAUAAAAUAGAGGAAUCAAAUAAUUAUAUUAUAGAUAUGAACAAAUAUAUAGAAUAUAUUAAUAAAAUCAUUACUGUUUUAAAUAUUAAUAUUAAUCACAUAAGUAAAAAGGGGUUCAGUAUAAAUUAUAUGUGUAAUGCUGAUAAAAUAAAAGUUUCUAUACAUAAUAUAAAUAAUAAUAUUGAGGAAGUGAAUACAAUUAUAGCAAGUAUUGAACAUGCAGAUAAUGUUAGUUUAUUAAAAAAUCAAGAUGGAAAUAUGAUUACAUUUACAAAUAAUACAGAUAAUGUCAAAUCAGAUGUGAAAAAUGAAGUUAAUCUUUCAGGUGAUAAUUCAAUAAAAUCAAAUCAAGUUCAAAAUAUAAAUAAAAAUAUUUUAGAAAAAGAUGAAAAAUGUGAUUUAAAAAAUUAUUUAAAAUUAAUUGAACCUAAUUUAAUUGAUGAUCCAAAGAAAUUAAAGAAUAUAUCUUAUCGAUAUAAUAAUGAUAUGAAAUCAUUUAAUAUGUUUGAAUAUUUUAGAAAAAAUAAUAAAAAUGUUAUAAUAGCUUUACAAAGAGUUUUUAUAUGUAUGCAAAUGUAUUCUUUAGUUUUAUGUGCUAAAAAAGGAAAAGAAUUUUUUGAUAAAAAUAUGUCAAGUAAUUUUGAUCAAUCAUUUUUUAAAGAAAAAGAAAAUUCAAAUGUUUUUUGUGAUUGUAAGAAAAAAUAUUAUCAAACUAAAUAUGACAUUUCAGAAAAUUAUAAAAAAAAUGAAAAUAUUAAUUUACAUCCAAAUUGUCAAGAAUCUCUUCAAAAAAAUUCAUUUACAUCUACAAUUGCAACAGCAGUUGAAGGAACAAAAGGAAAUCCAAUUCCAAGCAACACAACUUUGGCAAAUGAUAUAAGAACUAAUGGAGAAAAUACUUUAUUUUAUCAAAAUUAUAAUAAUGGAUAUAAUAAUGAAAAUGAAAAAAUUCUGAACAAAUCAGAAAAUAAUGCUGUCCAAUCUGUUGGUGUAGAUAAUAUCAAAGAAGGAGAAAAAAAUAUAAUAGUAAAUAAUGAAGAUUCUAUAUGUUUAAAUAAUAAAAAUAAUUUGGGUAAUUGUAUUAGUUGCAGUGAAAAUAUGAAUGAAUUUGACUUUUUUAAUUAUAAUAAUUCGAAAGAAUCAAAUGAUGAUAAUAUAAAAUAUUUUUCUAAUUUAGAAAUACAUAAAAAAAUGUGUCUAUAUUAUUACAAAAGUACACUUUUUUAUAAUAAUGUAUAUUCAGAAGAUAAUCAAGAUAAUUACAGUUUUAGUAGCAACAAAAAUAAUAGGUUAGCUAGUGUAAAUUCUACAGAAAAAAGUAGUUCUGAUGAAUUUUAUAAUUCUAAUAAUAUGCCAUAUUCUACUCUAAAUAUAUAUAAUAAAGAAGAUAAUUAUUUAAAUUUAUUUAAACCUUUAUUACCUAAUAUCAAACCUUUAUUAUUCAGUUUAAAUAAAAUAUUGUUCAAUCAAUAUAGAUGUAAUGAAUCCAUCAAUACAAUACAUGAACAGCUAUUCAAUCAUAUUGUUUGUGAUAUAGCAAAAGAUAAAAUUAAGUUAAAUAGAAAAAUUAAGGAAAUAAAAAAAAAAUAUAUACCAAAGGAUGAAAAUUGUAAUUUAUGUAAAUGUAAUAAUUGCUCAAAACAAGAAAAUAAUAAAAAUGAUGAUGACAAAAAUUGUAAAAAUAUGGAUUGCCCAAAAAAUUCGAAACAAUAUAGAAAAGCGAAGAUAAAAAUAAAACAUUUAGUUGAAGAUUUGAAAAAUAUAAGAGCAUUUGAAAAAAUAUGUUAUGAACUUUUUAAUUUAAAAAAUAAAUCUGAAACUGAAACAUUUAGUAGUGAUAUGAUGAGUGAUUAUAAUGAAGGCCAACAUUUUAACAGUAACAAUGAUAGUAACAAUUACAAUAGUUUAAAAAAACCCUUAAAAAAUAAACAAACAAAAAUAGGAACAAAAAAUUCUACUGAUAUGAAUGAACCAAGAAUAGGAAAGGAAAAUGAAAACAGUUAUGAAAGGAAAACAUCAAAUGUAGGAAUUGCAAAUGAUGUAGAAAUCAAAAAUAGUAAUAGUAGUAAUAAUAAUAGUAGUAAUAAUAAUAGUAGUAAUAAUAAUAGUAGUAAUAAUAAUAGCAAUUCUGUGGAUGCGGCAAGCCAAAGUAAAACAGAAAAAAAUCAAAAGGAACAUGAUAAAACUCAAGAAUAUAACAUUUUCACGCCAAACCAAGCUAAUGAACACAAAAAUGGUAAUAAUAAUAAUAAUGACAAUUCUAGUGAAAUUGUUGAAAAUAGUGGAAACACCGGAAUAUCGUCCAAUAUGAAUAAUAAUAAUAAUAACAAUAAUAAUAACAAUAAUAAUAACAAUAACAAUAACAGUAUUUCACAUUUUAGAAAAGAAUCAGAUAACAAUUACCUGAACAAAAAUAAAAAUAUUGAUGAUUUGAUUCGUAGUAUAAUUAACAAAAAAAAAAAAAGCUUUUAUAAAAAUUUUAUUACAUGCGAAAAAGAUAUAUAUAAAACUAUAGAAAAUUCAUCAUUUACUGAAAUUCCAUAUGUACUAUUUUUUUAUAUGAAUUGUUUUAAAAAUUUGAAAAGAGGAGAGUUAGUUGAUAUUCCUUUAUAUCUUGACAUUUAUGAAGACAAAGAAAAUGAUGAAAUAAUAAGUAACUGUAAAAAUGAAAAUACACAAAAUUUAGUUCAUAACAAUUGCAAUAAUAAUAAAGAAGAAAAAAGACCAUAUUAUUUUGGAAUAAAAAAAAACAUCAGAAAAAAAAAUCGAAAUAAUGAUUUUAACGAAGAAGAAGAAAUAAUUACUUAUCAUUUAUAUGCUCUUGUAAUUUCUGAAAAUAAAGAUAUUAACAAUGUGUCUAUGCCAAAUUAUAAUAAAACCAAUGAUUUAGAAAUAAAUACAGCUAGCGAUUUUAAUUUUAAUUCAUAUUCAUAUUUAAUUUUAAGACCAUAUAUAAAAGGACCAUGGUAUAAGAUAUAUAAAAAUAGAAUAACAAAAUUAAUACAAAAAUGUGAAUUUAACGAAUGGAAAUGUCACAAAGAUUUUUAUUGUUCUUCAUGUAUAUAUAUAAGUGAAAAUUAUUAUGAUAAAAAUAAUAAAUAUUUUUUAAAACAAUAUAAUAUUAAAGAUAUUAAUUUCCCAUUAUAUAUCCAUACUUUAAAAGAAUUUGAUAUCGAAGAAAAAGAUAUAUAUGAUUUUAAUAAAAAAUUAAAUACAGAUAUUAAUACUUUAUUACUUGAUAAAAAUCAUGAAAAAACAGAUGAUGAAAUAAUUUAUGAACUUCGAAAAACAGAAAAUAUCACUUUUCCAAAACCAAUAGGUGUACAAAUUUCUAAUGAAAAUAUGAAAAUGCCACAAAUUGGUAAUAAAUAUAGAAAUGGAUACAAACAAUGUGGAACUAACACACAAAAUAAAAGUGAUGAUAUUUCCUCUGAUCAUGAAAAUGAACAAAAAAAUUCCACCUCAAAUGGUAAUAGUAACAAUAAUAGCGGUAAUAAUAGCGGUAAUAAUAGCGGUAAUAAUAAUGCGUACAUAAAGAGAUUGUGCUAUUUUCCUUAUAUAAAAGGUGGAAAAGAUUUAGUAAUGAACUGUUUAAGUGUUCAUCACAAAAUAAUGAUCAAUAUUAAAGAAGAAUUAUUUGAAGAUAUUAUAAAAAUUAAUAAUAAUAAUAAUUUAUGUUAUACCACUUUUAAUGAUCAAAAAGCAGAAAUGGGAAUUAUUCUUAAUAAAAAUACUAGCAGAUUAAAAUAUAAUAGACAUUUUUAUGAUUUAAAAAAUAUCGUAAGAGCUUAUAAAAAAUUUGAAGAUAAUAAUGAUUAUUUUUCUAACUCACCAAAUAGUAAUAUGGCAACUGAAUUAAAAAAAAUAAGUGAUAUUUCAAAAGGCUUCUUUAUAUCAGAUAAUGCAAUGUCAGUAUAUGAAACAUAUCAAAAAAAUUCUAAGCUAUAUCAGAAACCAUAUGAAUUUUUUUAUUGUGCUAGAAAAGGAACAGGGAUUAUAAAAAAACAUCAACCAAAUAAUUUCAAAAUAAAACAGUUUCAAAAUAGGUCAAUAAAUAAUGAAAAUAGAAACAAUAACAAUAGUACUAUUAAUCAUAAAUCGGAUACUAAAGAAAUGUCUAAAAAUGAAGAAAUUAAUAAUAAUAAUAAUAAUAAUAAUAAUAAUAAUAAUAAUAAUAAUAAUAAUAAUAAUAAUAAUAAUAAUAAUAACAUUUUUAAAUAUAAUUAUAAUAAAAUUAAAAAAAUAUAUCGAAGAAGAUAUAUAGAACGCCGAUACAAAAAUUCAUAUAUAAAUGAACAAAUAUAUUAUAGAAAUUUAAACGAAUAUUCAUGUAUUAAUAAAUAUAAAACAAAAUAUCAAGGAAUACCUAUUUCAUAUGACAUCCAAAAAUAUAGAAAUAAAUAUAACACAAAAAAAAAAUGUAGAAAUAUAAAUAAUGGAAUAGUAACAAAUUUAAAUACGACCAAAUAUUUUACACAACUAGAAAAUUUAUUAAAUAUAAAUAUACAAAAUAAAAAUUUCAACAAUAUUGAUAAGAAUGUUCGACUUUGUAUAAAUAAUCCCUUUAAUGUUGAACUGAAUAAUAUAUUUUAUAACUUUUUUAGAGAAAAAAUAAAUAUGAACAACAUUAAAAAAAACUAUUAUAAAAAUGAAGACAAAUUAGAAUCACAUAGAUAUUAUAUUAAAACAUGUUUAAAUAUGUUUAAGUCUUUUUUUCAUGAAUAUUUUUAUAUAAAUUUUACAAAUAAUAAUGAAUUAAAAAAGAAAAAAAAAAAUACAUACAAAAAUUUUUGUAUUGCUUUAUCAGAUAUUUUUUUUAAUAAUUUAAGUUUUAAUACAGAAGAAGAUUAUGACAAUUUUGAUUAUAUACAAGGUGGAAUAGCAGUGUACAAAUUUUAUUUAGAUCGAUUUAAAAAAUUAAAAAUAUUGUUAAAAAAAAUAUUCAUGUAUUUAAAUAUUAUUUUCAGAAUAAUUAAAUAUAUACAAUUAAAAAAAUUACUAUUCAAUGAAAGCUUUGAUAUACAUACUUGCAAAAUACAUGAUGUAUUUUUCUUUAACUUUUUAUAUUUUUUUUAUAAUAAAUAUUCAAAAGAUUGUCAAGAAGCAUAUAUUAAAAAAUUAUGUACACGCUUUUCUGUGAAUACUAAAGAAAUAAAUUCUACUAUUAAAAAUAAAAUAACUGUAUCAAUGGAUCAUAAUUUUGAUUUUUUGAAUUUUUUUGAAAAUUUAUUUUUAGAAACAGGAGAAAAAAAUGUUAAACAAAAUGAAGUAGAAAAAAAAGAGAAAAAUGUGUCUACAAAAUAUAUUACACCAAAUUUUAUUUCUAAAAAGCUUAAAAUAUUAAAUAGUGAACAAAAUAAUUUAACAAAUUUAUUUUCCUUUUGUACAUGUAUUACAGAUGAUAAAAAAAAUAAAAUGUUUUUUGAAACAGAGAAUCAUAACAUCGAUUGUGUAUUUAGAUAUAUUUCAUUUAAUUUACAUGAAGACAUCAAAUAUUUAAAAAAUAAAAAUAAAAACUUUAAAAAAAAAAUGUAUAUACAAAAUGAUGAAAAAGAAAAAAAUAUAAUAAAUGUAAACAGUUAUGUAAAUAACAUUUUAAAUUCAAAGGAUGAUAUAAAACCUAAACAAUUGGAAGCUUUUAUAUUAAAUUUAUUGAAUACAAAAAAAAAAACAUGUAUUUUAUGCUAUUGUAUACGUAGAUAUUAUUUAAGGUUUUUAAACAAAUUACAAAAAAAUCUAACUUUUGAUAUAUUAGAUAAACAAAUUAAUUAUAUCUUUGAUAAUAACUAUUUAGGAGUAAUAAAUUUAUAUAAUAAAAAUAUAAUUGGCUCAAAUAGUAACAUAUAUUCAAAUAAAAGAAACCAUUAUAAUAAUAGACAUCAACCUUGCAAUUGUUUAAGCAUUUUUAAUUAUAUAAAUCAAGAUGCGAUUGAAGCAUGUAUAACAUAUUUAUUACAAAAAUUAUGGAAACAUUAUGUAUGUGAUAUUUUAUCUAUUCCAAAUGAAUUAGAACAAUUUUAUGAUAAUUUAACAAAAAAAAAUAAAAAAAAAAAAAAUAAAAAUGCAAAUGAUAAAGGAGCAAACUUUAUUAAACAUCUCAAAGAAGAAACAAAAAACAAUUCUACAAAUAAACAUCUUUCUAAUAGUGAUAUUGGUGAUUCGUUAGCUCAUAAUAAUGAAGAUACUUAUGAAAAAAAUCCAAACAAUAAUUUAUUACUUUCAAAUUUCAAGUUUAUAGAUAUUACUGAUAUAAAGAAGCAAAUACCUUCUUUCCCUAUUUCUCAAAAUCCAAUUACUAUUGAAUCCGAAAACGGUGCUAAAACUAAUGCACUAACAACAAAACUUGCUUCUCUCAACAAUGUCGGGGAAAACAAAAACUACGAAAAAAAUAAUAAAUCUAGUAACGACCCAAAAUGUACCAACUCAGAACAACACGAUAAAGAAACAAAAAAUUUCUACAUCAUAGACCUAAGCAUAUUAAAAGAAGAAGAAUUAAAUGAAUAUAAAAAAAAAUACAAUAAUACCAAACUUGAUUUGAAAGAAAUAUUAAAAAGCAAAUUAGAAAAUGUAGAAUUGAAAAAAUUAUUGCACCAUUUUAAUUUUACACAUGUCAAUGGAAAUUUAAUAAAUAAUUAUAUUAGUAAAAAAAAUAAACAACAUAUUAUAAUUUGUGAAACAUAUAAACAUUCUGAUCAACAAUAUUUUGAUUUAGAUGAUAGUGACACUACUCCAGUAAAUCCUUUAUAUGUUCAAGAAAAUAUAAAUUAUAUUAAAAAUUGUGAAAAAAGUGCUCAAGAAAUAAAAAAGUUGGAAAAUUUGCUUACCAUAGAAAUUAGCAAACAUGGAAAAAACGAAAAUCUUGGAAUUUCUAAUAAUGGUAAUGGAAAUAAAGGAAUAAAUAAUGAAGUAACAAAAAAAGGAAAAAAAAAUGGCAAAAAUGAACAAAAUGAUGAUAAAAAUAAUAAAAAAAAAAUUAAAAAUUAUUCUGUAUUUCAUCAAAAAGAAGGACAAAAAAAUACUGAUAAAAUAUCUUCCAUAUUAGAAGAGAAAUUUGAAAAUAUUUUGAACAAUAAAAAUUAUGAUGAAAAUUUUAUUUAUAAUUUCUAUCAAGGUUUACAAUUAUUAAAUGAUCAAUUGUGUAAUAAAUCUACAGAACAAAAUAUUAUAAACGAAAAUAAUAAUGCAAGCCAUAGUUUAACAGACAAAAAUAACAAUGCAAGCCAUAGUUUAACAGACAAAAAUAACAAUGCAAGCCAUAGUUUAACAGACAAAAAUAAUAAUGCAAGCCAUAGUUUAAUAAACAAAAAUAUGAUAAUUACAACAGCAAAUACAAUCAAUGAUAUAGUAAAAAAAUAUAAUAUAAAUAAUAUAAAUGGAAUAAAAACCAUUUUAAUAAAAAAUGGAUAUGACAUACAUAAAUAUUACACAGGAAUAGAUUUAAUAUUUUUAUUUUUAUCAAAAAUAAAAGGAGGAAAUUUAAAUUUCAUGAAUGAACAUAAUUAUACAAAUAAUCAAAAUAUAUAUGAAAUUAUUUUAAAUCAAAUUAAAGAUAUAAAUUAUGAAAAAAUAAAAAGAGAAUAUCAAUGUCUAGAUUAUAUAUUACAAACAUUUGAAUAUAUAGAUGAAACAUAUUUAUAUACAAAAUAUAAAAAUCUUUUUGAUUUUACAGAUUAUAUUUUUACAUUACAAAAUCUUACCAUUGAUCAAAAUACAGAUAUAACACAUGAUAUAUUUAACUUAUUUUUUGAUAUAUUAAAUAAUUUAUUUUGUUAUGGAAUCGGAAUAGUAAAUAAUUUUAGUGAAAAUAAUAAAGAAAUCAUAAAAGUUAGUAAAUUAGAAGCGUUUUUUGAUCAAGUGCAUAAAUCUACUGGAUCUUUAUUAAUAAUAGAUAAUUCAUUUUAUCCCAAUAAUGAAUUAUAUACAUUUAUUCAAUACAAUUCAUAUUUUUGGUAUAUUCUAUACAAACAAUAUGAUAUGUUCUUAUCAUAUUAUGAUCAUAAAAAUCACUGCCAAAUAUUUAAUGCCUUUCUUUUCCACUUUUUAAAUUAUGUUUUUAAUUUCCCUAUGGAUAAUUUUUUUAAAAUAGAUAAUAAAUUGAGUAAUCAAAAUGAUUUAUUAGUUAAAGGUAUAUUUAAAAAAUGUUUAUUUUUAGAAAAUGAUAGAGAUAUUUAUUUAUUUAAAAUAAUAUUCUCCUUUUUAUUACAAGAUCAAAAUCAUUUUUACAAUUAUUAUUAUAGUACUGAAAUGUCUCUAUUCAUUUUUAACACAAUCAUGUCUUUAAAUAACUUUUAUUUUAAUAUGAAUAAAUCAUAUCUAUUUUCUCCAAAUUUUACAAAAUUAAACAAUUAUGAAUAUGUUCAGAUCUCACAAAAAUUAACUGAACCCAUUGCGGCCGUUUCGAAGGAGAAUAAAAUUGUAGACACCAAAAAAGAGCCGCAAAAAGGUCAAGAAAAUCAACCGCAAAAAGGUCAAGAAAAUCAACCGAAAAAAAUUCAAGAAAAUCAACCGAAAAAAGGUCAAGAAAAUCAAGAAUCUCAAAAAAAUCAAGCGCAAAAAAGUCAAGAAAAUCAAGAAGCGCAAGAAUCUCAAAAAAAUCAAGCGCAAAAAAAUCAAGAAAAGGGUGUGAGUGGCGGAAAAGAUGACGAAAGCGAGGAAGAGGGCAAGCCCGUUUGCUACAACCUAGUAUACUUACUAAAGACUGUAGAAAAAGAUUUUGAAAAAUUGAAACCUGUAAUAAAUUUUUAUUCGAGAAACAACACAUUAUAUUUUAAUAACACUAUAAGAAAUAUAAAUUUGGUAAUAAAUGAUGAUAAGAAAAGAAGGGUUACAGCAAAAUAUCAAAGUUGUAAUAUUAUUAAUAAUAACAAUAUGUAUUAUGCUUCAUAUAACAAUCCUAUAAUUAACAUAAACCCUGAUUAUAAUGAUUUAUUAACUAUAUAUUUAACAAGCUUAUAUAAUUAUAAUAAACAUUUUAGAAAUAUUAAUAAUUUAUUCUCUAUAUAUAGCAAUUUCUCUUACAAUUUUCAUAAUAUAUUUUUAUUUAUGAAUAAAAAAAAUGAUAUAUUUUGUUCCCUUUUCAAAAUGAGAUUUAAAAAAUAUAAUUCUAAAGAAUUGGCAGAUUUAAUUAUUAGCUUCGAUAAGUUAUGUAGUUCAAAUAAAACACAAACAAAUUAUCAAAAUUUGAAAGGAAAAAAUAAUGUACUAGAAAAUAACAAAAAUGGUACUACAUAUAUAUAUCUAAAUAAUCAAAAUACUGAAAAAAAAAUUAAAAAUUACGAAUAUGCUAUACACAAUUGUAUAAGUGAAUUCUUUUAUAUGUAUGAUAAUAUUGUUUAUGAUAUCAAUGCAACUGGAAAUAUCUCAUAUUAUUUUAAAGAAGAUAAUGCAUAUUUAUAUUUUGAUCAUGAUAAAGAUAUAGAGCAAUAUCAAGAAAGAGAAAACCAUUUUUUUAAAAUUAACGCAAUUGAAAGAGACAAAAUAGAUGAUAUAGAUAAAAGAGUUGAAAAAGUUAUGAAAUAUCAAAAAUAUAAUAAGCUUAAAAAUGAUUCAAUCGAUUUAAAUACAAACACUAAAGAUAGCUCAAAUUUAUAUAAAAAUAAAAAUUAUAAUAAUAGUAAUAACAAUAAUAAUGUCAAUAAUAAUAAAAGAAAAAAAAAUGAAAAAAAUGAAAAUUACUAUCAAGAAUCAGAAUUGGAAAAAGAUUUAAUGAGUAUACAAUUUAAAAAAAAUGAUGUUAUUGAAAAGUUUUUUCCUUACUUUUUUUAUUUAAACCCAUCAAUGUAUAAUAACAAUCUUUCAAAUAUUUCCCUAAAUACAAUUCCACAAUCAACUAAUAUACAAAAAUCUUCUAAUUCAAUUGACUCUCCUUCUAACAUUAACCAUAUAAAUUUAGGAGACACAUCAAAUAACAAUUAUGUUAGCAAUAAUAACGAAGAAAAUGAUAAUGAGAACAAUGUGAAAUAUAAUAAUUAUAUAAAUAAUAUUGAUUCUAAUAUUGUUGGAAAAUAUGAUAAAAUAGAUGUGAUUGAAAAUGCUGAAAUAGCUAAUAAUAAUAAUAACGAACAGAAAAUUGAGCAUAUGAAUAAUCACAAUUUAGAUAAUAACCACAUUACUAAAAAAAACAAUUCUACUAAAAUUGAAAUUAAAACAAAUAAUUAUAUCCUUGGAGAUAUAUCAAAAAAUUAUUUUUACAUAUCUAUAUUAUUUAAUAUCGAUUUUUUUAAUGUAAGAGGGAUACAUAUAGAAAAUACAAUAAUAUCUGAUAGAACAUUUUUAGUAAGCAAAGUUAUAAAAGAUACAAAAGGAAAAUUAUUAACUGUUAAGGUAUUUCAUAUUUAUAACAUUUUAUCAAAAAUUAUCGAAUUAUAUUACACAAAUAAAGAAACUAAUCAAAAAGAAGAAAAUUUUUUAAAUAGUUUUGAUUAUAAAUCAGAUGAAGAAUUUUAUUAUAAAAUGAAAAUGAAUCCAUCUUAUUUCUUUUUAUUAUAUGCUAUUAAAAAAGAUUAUGAUAAAAAAAAUAAAAAUAAAUUAAUUUUUAUGAAUGUUAAUUCCGAAUUGGAAACAUAUAUUGAAGAUAAAAAAGAUAACCAUUAUAAAACAGAUCUAACCAUACUUUUGAUACCUAUAUUUCCUCAAACAAUAUUUGGAAAACCCAAUGCAAAUCUUAGUCUGUUUAAUGAUAGUGACUAUCCAUUAAUAACUUUUAAGUUUAUGACUGAAAUAUAUGAGCUUGUUUGUAUAGGAAUAAUUGUAUGUCAAUCAAAGCUGUUCCUUCAAGAUUACAUACUAAAUUGGUUUAUACCAAAAGUUAAGGAGAGAAAACUUAUAAAAGAGGAUAUUGACAUUAAAUUAGAUGAUAUAAAUGUUUAUGAAGAAUGUGAAUUAUAUUGCUUGGAAAAAAUAAGAAAAUUUUCAUGUAGUAUAAAAAAAAUAUUAAAGAAACAUAACAGUACAAUUGUUAUUCAAGUAAAUAAAUAUAUGAAUACAAACAAAAUUAAUAUAAAAUGUAUUGAACAUACAAAAUUAAAUAAAAAUUUUUAUUGUUCUAUUUGUAAAAAUAAUUAUAUAUGUGUGUGUCACAAAAAUAAAAAACAAGAACUCCGGAGAAAAAUGAAUUAUUUAAAAUGUCAUGAUGUAUUAUAUAAAACAAUAAAAAAAAAAUAUAAUGAAAUAAUCAAUGAUAAUACAAAAUGUGAAGAUAAUGAGAUUGAAACCCUUUCUGAUCCAUCCAAUGAUGAAAACAGUACUGUCAUUUCAACUCAUAAUGAAAAAGAUAAAAUAAAAGAAGAAAUAAAUAUUCAACAAAAUCAAAUUGAAAAUAAAUCUGUUAUAAAUAAAGAUCAAAAACAAUCCUUUUACAAUUUUUCUGAAAAUAUUGAUAUAUUAUAUGAAUUAAAUCCUUAUGAACAUUCAUAUAGAUCAUCCAAUAGUUCAAUAUUAUGUAUAUCUAGUGAUAGUAGUAUAUCUAACAUUUCUGAUGAUGAUAAUAAAUUUUUUGUCGAAGUUGAAAAUACAUGUUCACACUAUAUUAAUAAUAUAUCAAAAAAAAAUAUUAUUAACAAUACAGUUAAUUAUGAUUUAUAUAAAAUGAACAACGCAAAGUCAAUCAUAGAAUCAAAAUAUAAAGAGUCUCUAACAGCUACUAAUAAUUUAAACCCUUGUAAAAUAGAUUAUCUCCCACAUACUAAUGAUAACGAAAAAGAUGAGAUCGAAAAAGAUGAGAUCGAAAAAGAUGAGAUCGAAAAAGAUGAGAUCGAAAAAGAAGAGAUCGAGCAAAAUGAUAUCGAACAAAUUAUUUUACAAGAAUUUAACAACUUGGGAAAAGAAGACUCUCAAAAUGUUGAUAAUUCUUAUAAACAAAAUAGUAAAGAGGGUAGCCAAAAUGAUCUUUCCCAGUUUCCAAGCCAAGUCGAAAAUGGUCAGGAGAAAAAUGGUCAGGAGAAAAAUGACGGGGAAAGCCAUAAAAGCUGUAAACAUGACACUCCAAUAAAUGUGGAUGAAAUAUUUAAUGGCAACAUUUCGAAAGAUUCUAACAAUGCAGAAACUGAACAAGAACAAAAAAUCACAUCUAUCAACGAUUCAGUUGUGCAGACAACAGAUCAAUCCAACACGGUCGAAAGGUCUCCGAAGAGUAAAAAAAAGAAGAAAAAGCAUGAAAAGGUGGAAGAAAAGGUGGGAGAAAAGGUGGGAGAAAAGGUGGAAGAAAAGGUGGGAGAAAAGGUGGAAGAAAAGGUGGAAGAAAAGGUGGGAGAAAAGGUGGAUGAACAGGUGGAAAGCAAUAGCGGCGAGUUAAACACAGAUGUAAAACCGAAAAGUGCUAGUAACCUUGCAAAGAAAGAUAACGUAAAAAUAAAAACUAAUGAUAAUACAAGCACAAGUAAAAAGAAAAGCGAACAAGAAUCUAAGAAUAAUUACGAAACAAAUAAUAAGAAUGAUGAUAUUAAUGAGAAAAAUGAUAAUAGCCCCAAAAGUAAUAAAAAUAAAAAUGGGGAAAAUACAAAUGGAGAAAAUAAUAAUGAAAGUGACGAAAAUAGUGACAAUAAAAAGAAAAAUGAAGAUUGUAAUAAAAAAAGUAAAAAAAAUAAAAAAAACAAAAAUAAAAAUAAAAAUAAAAAAACAAAUGAAAGUGAAGAUAGUAAAGAUGGAAAAAUGAAUAACGAAAUGAAUGAAAUAAAUGUAGAAGAAGAUAAUAAACAAAAAUCUAAUAAUUCAAAUGAAAUUAUAAAUAAUUAUUUUUCUAAACCUGUUACAGAUUAUAUAAAAAAUUGUGAUAAAAUAGAAUCACUUGCAUCUUAUAUUUAUAGUGAAUUAAUUGAAAUAACAAAAAAAAAAAUUAAAAAAAAUCCAAUAAAAAUGGAAAAUAUUUCAACCGAUGGCUAUUUAGCAAUUGGUGAAGAAUUUCUAAAUGUAAUGAAUAAAAUAAUUACAAUUAUACAUCUAAAAUUUAAUGAUGAUAAUAACAAACAAAAUGAAGAAAUCGAUUGUCAAGAUGAGACAGAAAAUGUAGAGCUUGAAAAAUAUAAUAUAUAUAAUAAUGAAAAUGUGAUCAAAUUUAUAAAUUUAUUGAAAAAAAAUAUUAUUUUCAAAAUUUUAUUUCCAGAUAUAUCUAGUGAUAAAAAUAAAAAUAAAAAUAAAAAAAAUAUAAAAAAAAAAAAACAAGUCGAUGUUAAAUAUGUAUAUGAUAUAUUUAAAAGAGAAUACACAUUUUAUGAUAAAAUAUUAAUAUUAAUACAACAUAUAUUAGAUAUAAAUAUGAGAACAAAUCUAUUCCUAUUUGUUUAUUUAUUUGUGGGAAAAUAUUUCUCUUUUAUUGAUUUAGACAUCAUUUUAAAUGUUAUGAUUAAUUAUAAUGAAUAUAUAUAUUAUAAUAAAGUCAAUAUAGAAAAUUCAGUUUUAAAUGGAAUAUCUAAUAACUUUAUUUAUGGUAUAGAAUGUAAUAGUUCGGAGUUACAAAUUGUAUCAAAUUCUGAAAAAAAAAUUAAAAAAAAAAAUAGUGAUGAAGAUAAUGGAAAUGAUGAUGAACUAGUAGAUAUAAAUAUAAGUAGAAUAAUUUAUUUAUUAAUCUUAAUUAGUAAUAAAAAAAUAAUUAAUGAAUUAAUUAAUGAAAAAAUAGUUUUUAAAGAAAAUGAAAAUAAAUUAUAUAUAGAAAUAAAUAAAAAAUAUUAUGAAAAUUCAAAUACUGAUUAUAUUAAAAUGAUGAAAAAAAAUCUUGUAAAAGGUUUAAAAGAAAAUUAUAUUUUAGAUUUAAAAUUUUUAGAAACAAUUACACUAAACAGUUUAUUAAAUAAGGAAAAUGAAACAUGUACACAAUUGUAUGUUACAAACAAUUUGAACAAUUUAGAAGUUAAAAACAUUUAUAACAAUACUAAUGAUUUAAACAAACAUGUAGAUAUAAAUGAAAAUGAAGAAAAUAAAAAAGAUAAAUUAUUAAAUUUGAGUGAAAAAAAUAAUAUAUCAACAAUUAUUAAUUCAGAUUUAUAUAAUGAAACUAAUUUUAAAAAAUAUAUGAUAAUAUAUAAUUAUAUUAAAUUUAAAUUAAGUUUUAAAAUAGCUAUAAAAAAAAUAAAUACACAAAAAGAUAACCUUUCUUUUUAUUCACUAGUUUUUAAACAUUGUACAUUUAUACUAAAUUCAUUACAUAAUAUUUAUGUUGCAAAAAAAAAUGAUCAAAAAAAAUUGGUAAUUCCGAAUAUUUCGAUAAAUUCGAAAAAAAUAUUUGAUCUUAAUAUUAAUGAUGUUGUUAAAUUAAAAGAAAUAUAUGAAAAAUAUGUUAAAUAUAAUAAUAAUAAUAAAAAAAAUGUUUUAAAAGAUUUAUACUUAAUUAAAGGAAUCGAUACUAUAUUAUUAAUUAAUCCACAAAAUAAUGAAAAAAAAACUUUUAUUCUCGAUUUAUUUCUUAACUCAGAUUUAGGAAUUGCUUACAAAAAUAUUACCAAUAAUUUUAACACCACAAAUGAUCAAAAUUUUGAUUCAAACGUUUUAAAUAGCAAUGCUAGAAAGCCACAUCUAAAAAUAACAGAAUCAAAUAUUAGUAUGGCUAAAAAUAAUAUGGCUAAUCCUGAAAAUAAUACAAAUGACAUCUAUUUAUUAUCAAAUAAUGGAAAUAUUAUAAAUGAUAAAAAACUUGGAAUCAAAAAUUUUAUUAUGUCUACAAUGUAUGAUCAAGCAAAUGCUAAUAAAAAUGAAUCACAACAUAAACAAAUUAAUUUAUCAAAUUCUGGAAGGAAUACAUCUAUACCAUUAACACAUAGUGGAAAAAAUAAUAACAUCUUAAUCGAAACAAAUAUUAAUGAUACAUCUAUAGAAUUAGAUGAUGUAUUAAAUAAUGAAAUAAUCACAAAUAAAAAAAACAAUGGAUUAUUAGAAAAUUCUAAAUAUACAAAAAAAAAUAUAUCAUCUGUUAUUAGUUAUAAAAGUGGAACAGAAAUUGCAACAAAAGGAGAUGACAUAAAUUUAAAUAAUAUGAUAAAUGAUGAAUCUGUAUCAAAUAAAUAUGUAAAAAAUAAAUUUAAAAGAAUAUAUAAUAAAGAUAUUCCAUAUAUAUGUAAUGAAGGAAAAUCUUGGAUGGUUAUUUAUAAACCCGCAUAUUAUCAUUGUUCAGCAUAUACAUCACAUAAUAGAUAUAAUUUUUUAGUAAAUAUUAAUAAAUAUAGUGAUUAUUUUUAUAAUAUAUUAGAAAAGAUAUGUAUAAAAUGUAAAAUAAAAACCAAAUUUAUGUGUGCCCCAUGUAAAGAAAUGGAAAAAAUUUGUAAUAAAUGUGAAAAUAUAAUAUCAAAAUUAUGUUCUAAAUGUAAUUUAUUAAUAAAAAAAAAUAGAGAUGUAUUUAAAAUUAUUAAUAAUAUAUCAUUAAAUGAUGUUAUAUAUAGUGGAAGAGUGGAAUCUUUUCAUCUAUUUAUGAUGAAAUCUUUCCCAAAUUUAGAAACUGUAAAAAAAUGGCAUAAAUUAGAAUGUGGAUUAUGUCAUAGAAUCGAUUUAGAAACAUCUGGAAGUUUAAUUAUUGCUAAAACAAAAGAUGCUAGAGAUUUCCUUUUUGAUCAAUUUAGAAAAAGAAAUGUAUAUAAAGAAUACAUCUUACUAUGUCAUGGUCGAAUUAAAAAGAAAAAAGGGUUUAUUAAUAAAUCAAUACAAACACAUGAAUACAACAAUUUCCAUAGUAAAAGCCAUUUUAGUUUAGUAGUCAAAACUGGGGGAACAGAUGCAUAUACAGAAUAUAAUUGUGUUAAAAUAUAUAAAUUAAAAAGAAAUAUUCAAGAUAUAAUAAAAGAAGUUAUGGAUGGAAAAUAUAAUUGUAAUAGUACUAUAAAAAAAGAUAUAAAUAAAGAAAUAUAUUGUAAUGAUUAUUAUAAAUUUCUAGAUGAAAAUAAAAAAAAUGUUAAUAAAAUUGUACAAAGAUGGGUUGCUAUAGAACCAUCUAAUAAUUACAUUAACACUGAUGAUAACAAUAUAGAAAUAGAUGAAAAAUUUGUUUAUCCGUAUUAUUAUGGUCAAGAUGAUGAUAAUUCAGACUCUAUACAAAUUACCAUAAAAAUUAUUGCAAACUAUAAUUCGGAUUCUCAGCUAGUUGAGUAUCGAAAAAAAAAAAAAAAAAAACAAAGAAUUAAGUUUCAAAAAGAAAUGCGAAAGUUGAUCAAAAGUCGAGAACAAAAUAACACAGAUGCAGGUGCAGAUGCAGAUGCAGACGCAAAACAGAGGGACUAUAUAAGCUCAGAACAAAAUGAAGAACCUAAUGAAAAACGUAAUGAAACUAAUGAAACUAAUGAAAACAUUCCUGACAUUUUUGUUACUGAUAAUGAAGACGACGAAAAUGGCGAAGAUGAUGAAAAAAACGAAGAAGAAGAAGAAGAGGCAUGUUAUAAAAAUUUAUCAAAAAAAAAAAAAUUAUUACGAAAAUUAAGUCUCUUAAAAUAUAAUAAUAAAAAAGAUAAAAUAAUUUAUGAUUAUACAUCUUCUAUAAAUAGAAAAGUAUGUCAUCAUUUAUGUUUUAGAUGUAAUUCAAUUUCUGAUGAAUAUUUUUAUACUGACCCUAAAGAUAUAGAAACAUAUACUAAAGAAUUUACUUUAUGUAAUGUUAAGAUACAUACUGGUCGAACACAUCAAAUCCGUGUGCAUAUGAGACAUAUUGGUCAUCCCUUAGUUUCAGAUAAAAAAUAUUUAAAUACAUCUUUAAGCAAUUUAGAUAAAUUUUGGUGUUUUAGAAUGUUUUUACAUUCUAUUAUUCUUGAAUUUAAUAAUCCUGAUUAUUAUUUUUAUAAUUUAAAUGAUGAUAUUCCAAAAAAAAGAACUAAAAAAAAUAUAUCAUCUAAUAAUAAUUCAUAUAAAAUACCAGAAAGAAGUGUUAAAGCAAUUUGUCCACUUGCUUGUGAUUUGCAAACAGCACUUAAUCAUGAAUUGCAAGUUGUUGAUAUUUUAGAAGAUGAAAAUACAUAUAUAAAUAAAAUACUUAAAAUGAAUAUUAAUGAUAAAAGAAGUGAAGCUAUGAAAAAUGCAAAACCAAUUAUAGAAAUUUACAAAAUGAAUAAUUUAAUAUUUGGAACAGAUGAUAAUAGAAAUUUAUCAAUGGAACAUAUUAGAGAUAAACAACAAAACCAACAAAAUAACCAAAGUGAUGAAAUAGAAACAGAUUUGAACAAAUCAAAAGACAUUACAUCUAAACAAAUAUACACAAAAGAUGAAUACCAACCAUGUUAUGACGAUAGUGACGAAUAUGAACAUGACCCAGAUUUUGAUACGUUCGAUGAUGAAGUAUUUAGAGAAAAUGAAGAUGAAGAAGAUGAAGACGAAAAUGAAGAUGAAAAUGAAAAUGAAAAUGAAGAGGAAAAUGAAAAUGAAGAGGAAGACGAAGAGGAGGAUGAAGAGGAGGAUGAAGAGGAGGAUGAACAAAAGAUCGUUCAUAAAAAAUAUUCUGAACAAAGUGAGAAAAAUAUUAAAGAAAAAAUGCUUUCAGAUGUAAAUAAGAACCAAAUGAACAAAUUACUAAAAUCUGAUAAAAAUGUAAAAGAAAAAAAAAUAAAAAAUGGAAAAAAAAUAACAAAAGCAUCUCCGGAAAAUGCACCGAUAAGUUCAAAUGAAAUCAAAAUUGGGCAAGAUCAUAAAAAUGGCAAUGCUGGUAAUGGCGGCGAUAACAAUGACAAUGCUGGUAAUGACAGCCUUGGUGAAGAGGAAAUCCAACGGUCACUUGCCUUAGAUGCAGUCGGAAUUGGUGAUGAUAAUAAUAAAAGAUACAUUUUAAAGGUGAAUCAUGAUAGUUUCUUCAAAAGCAAAAAUAAAUCGAAAGAAAAACAAAAAAAUAGUAAUCUUGGAAAAAAAAAAGAAAUUAACGGAAAUGGCAAUGAACAAACAUAUAAAGAUAAUUAUAAUGAUAGUGAAAUAAAUUUAAAAACUAAUUUUAAUUUUUUAAUAAAUGAAAUAAAAAUUGUUUUAGAAAAUAUAAUAAUGAAUAGUAUUGCGUUCAAGAUACUUUCAUAUUUAUUCAAAUUAAAAGAAGCAUUAUUGUGUAUAUUAAACAUAUUUGGUAAAGAUAUAAAAAAAAAAAAACAAAAAAAAAAUAUUGUUAAAAUUAAUUUAGUAGAAUUGUUUAAAAAAAAUAAAGAAAAUAAAAUAGCAAGCGAGUUUAUAUAUGAAAUAGCAUUAUGUAUCAGUUAUUUUUUCAAAAGUAAUAAUAAUAAUAAUAUACACAUCAAAAAAAGAAAAGACAAAUUUAUUAUAUACACACAACAAAAAAAUGGAAAUAAAAAUGGGAAGGCAAAUGGAAAGGCAAAUGGAAGCGCCAAUGCAAAUAAAAACAAUUCUGAACAAAUCACCACUACAUCACCGCAUAUAUCAAACACUAUCAAAAAUAUGAUCAUAGAAAAAUUUUAUACCAUUUUAUAUAAUAUGAAUUAUUUCCUAAAAGAACAUGGAAUCAAUACAAAUUUAAAUAUAAAAAAACAAAUAACAGAUAAAAUAAAAAUUGUAUACUUACAAAUUACUAGUGUCUUUGUUAUUAUUAUUAAAACUCUAAAUGGAAAGAUGUAUAUAAAUAAUAAUUUUGAAAUAAAUAAAACAACAUCUUUAAAUAAAAUCGAACUAUUUUUCUUACUAUACAAAUUAUAUCAACAAAAAAAAAAUGAAACAGAAAAUAAUAAGAAAAAGAAAAAAAAUUCAAAAAAAAAAAAAAUAAAAAAUAAAAUAACCAAUGAGCAAAAUGAAUUAAUAGAAGAAAUAAAAAAAAAUAUAAUUAAAAUUCAUUACAUGAAUUAUCAUGAAAAUAUUUUUAAAACAAAUAAAAUAUAUCUUAAUGAUAAAUUAGACCAAAUAAAUAAUGAAAAUAUAAAUUAUGAUAAUAAAUAUAUAAAACAAAAUCAACUUAAUAUCAUCCAUGAACCUUCGAAUUUUGAUAUUAACCAAAUCGAUGUUACACAGAAUUAUAAUUUUAUGGAAAAACCAAUAAAUAUUAUAAAUAAACAAUUAGAAUUAAAAAAAAAUAUAAUAUAUACUUCAUCUGACAAUGACAAAUAUAAUACAUUAUUAAGCAACUAUUCAUAUGGCGAUAAUAAAAAUGAAAACCCAAUCAACCAAAUGAAACGUGGCAUGUGUGAUGAUGACCAAAUGAAUUACCAAAGAAGCGAAAGAAAUCAAAUUAAUUUAAAACAUCCACAAGUUGUGUUAUAUGAAAAUAAAGAAAAUAUAAAUGUAGGAAACAAUAAUUUAUUUAAGGAUCAAAAUAGUAAUAGUUAUAUUUAUAAAAAUGACGUUGUGAAUAAUAAUAAUAAUAAUGGAAUUCGAAACCAAAUUAAAAGUUAUUCUUAUAACAAUAUAGAUAAUAAUAUAUUACAAGAAUACAUAAAUAGCACAAGACAAUCGAUAAAUAACAAUUAUCACAAAAUAGAAAAUAUUCAAAAUAAAUUCUUAGAUGUUGACAAUGAAAAAAAUAUUAUAAAUUUAAAAAAUUAUUCUAAUAUAAAUGAAAAUAAAAAGGUAUUUAACUUAUCUAAGGAAAGUUUUAUAGAUGCAUAUCCAAAAGGGAAUACGAAUGAUUUGUUCGUAAAUAAAGGGAAUACGAAUGACCUGUUCGUAAAUAAAGGAAAUACGAAUGAUUUGUUCGUAAAUAAAGGGAAUACGCAUGACCUGUUCAUAAAUAAAGGGAAUACGAAUGACCUGUUCAUAAAUAAAGGGAAUACGAAUAUGAUAAGAACACAAAACGAAAUUAACUCAACAAAAAUACAAGAUAUAAAUUACAGAACGAAAGAAAUUAAUGUUAAUGAAAAUUCAAAUGUAGAAGAAAAUGUUUAUAAAAAUUUUUUAAUCGAAAUUGAAGAAAUAAAAAUAGAAACAAAAAAAUGUGAGGAAAAUUAUGAAAAAGAAAUGUUAGAAAUUAAAAAAAUAAAAAAUGAAAUAAAAUAUAUUAAAGAAAAUAAAACAAAUGAAAAAAUAUGUCAAAAAUUUGCAGAUGUAAAUAUAAAUAAUUUUACUGUUAUUUUACUAAAUUCAUAUAAAAUAUAUGGCUUAAAUUUGUUUAUAAAAUUAUUAGUAUAUGAUAAUAAUAUUCCACAUUUCAAUGAAUUUAAAAAACAAGAUCAAACAAAUAUAGAAUUUUUUAUUAACAUAUCUAUUGAUAAAUUAUUUGAUCAUUUAUUAUUAAAUAAUACUAUAUCUAAUAUUAACAUAAAAAAGUUAAAAGAAAAAUUUAUACAAGGGCAACCAGCUUUUGAAUCUAUUCGAAACGAUGCAUCUAAAUUAAUUGAAGAAAAUAUUAAAGAUCAAAAUUUUAUAUAUAUAUUUUGGAGACAUACAUAUAUACAUGAUAUAUAUGAAAGAAAACAAAUUAUUUAUGAUUUUAUAGUUAAGCUUAUAGAUAAAACUAUUGAAAAAUAUAUAAUUAUUGAAUAUAUAAAUAUAAGACGAAAUGAUAUAUAUGACCAAAUGUAUAACUUAUUAAAUAAAAAUAAAAAUGAUACAAAUAAUAUCUCUUUCAAUUCACAAUAUAAUGAUCAUAUUAAUUCGGAUCAAAUUAUGUCUAAUAACACACUUAUUUAUAAUAGAGACACUAACAGCACCAACAGUAGCAUAGCACAUCACAAUGCGACGCCGCAUAAUAUAUUCCAAAAGCUUUCACCACAUAACAUAAUAAUCGAUAAUAAUAAUUCAAAUGUUCUACAUAAUUUGAAUCUAAAAAAUGUUAGAGAUGCUAAAUUAGAUGUGCGAGACAAAAUUCCAAAUUUUUAUUUUUCAAAUGAAUUUAAUAUUGAAAAAAAAAACAAAGAAAAUAUUAUUUCUAAUAAUAAUAAUAAUAAUAAUAAUAAUAAUAAAAUAAAUGAAAGCAAUUUUUUUACUAAAGGGAAUUACAAUCCUAAUAUCAAUAAUCUUCUUUUUGAAAAUUAUAAUUUAGAUAAAAUAAAUAAUUAUUUUGAUUCUAAAAAUGUUAAAGGAAGAAAUUAUCGCGAAUCGGUAGAUGCUAAAGAUAUAAAUUACCAUUCCAUGUCAUAUCAUAAUAUCAUUGAUGCUGAUAAACAAUCAUGUUCAAAUAUAUUUAGCGAAAAUAGAGAUGAAACACAAAAUAGCGUAUAUAAUAACAGUAUGAAUAAAACACAUAGUAGUAGCAGUAAUAACAAUAGUAGCAAUAGUAAUAGAUUGAUGCAUGAUUCUAAAAUUAUAGAAGAUAUAACUAGAAGCAUAAGUAACCAUAAUAUGUAUGAUAAAAAUAAAUUAAAAAAUAUAGAACCAUUUAACAAUACAUUAUAUCUCAAAAAUAAAUUUAGAAAUGAAACACCUGGUAUAAGAAUAAAUAACAAUUUAAAAACAAAUUCAUUUAGUGCAUAUAAUAUGAAUUAUUAUAUUCAUAAUAAUCAACAAAAUGAAGAAAAACAUAAUAAAAAUAUAGAUCCUAACUCAAAUUUUAUAAAAUCAAAUUAUAUAAAUGAUGAAAAUAUUGAACCAAGACAACACUAUUUGAGUUCUUCUGCUGAUGUAACCCCCAAAAAUGAAAAUAAUAAUAGUAGUAGUAAUAAUAUUAAUAAUAACAAAAUAGGGCAUUAUAAUAAUGGGCAAAUGUUUUUAGAUAAUUAUAAAUCUUCAAUGCAACACUAUUUUAGUAACAGUCUAAGAGAUGCAAACUUGUUAAAGAAAGGAAACCAACAUGAAUACAUAUCGAAUGAUGUAAAUAAUUUAGCAAUGAAAAAAAAAGAUCAAUAUAUAUUUUAUGAUAAUAAUGUUAAAUUAAACGAAGAAAAUAUAGAUGCAAAAAAAAAUAAUAAUAGUAAUAAUAAUAAUGAUGAUGAUGCCCAAUUUAUUGAUAAACAUCUAGAUAUUGGUACUGAACAUGCAGCAAACAUUUUAGAAGAUAGCAUUAAAAAUAACUAUUCAAAAAAACUUAAAAGCAUUAUGUCAAAUAUUUUGUUUAAAAACAAUAUAGAUAAAACAAUAGAUGAUGGUUCUAAUGCUACAAAUAACAUAAUAAAUAAUUUUGAUGUAUUAGGAUCCAGAAAUUUUGAUGAUUUUAAAAAAAUAAAUGAAAAUGAUGAUAUUAUGGGUUCUAACCAAAAUGAAUACAAUAAAAAUAAAAUAAAUGAUAAUCAUUCAAAUAUUAAUAAAAAUGGACCUACAGAUCCAAAUGAUAAGUGUUUAGAAUUGUUCAACAGUAUAACUAGCCAUUUUACAUUAUCAAAUAAUUUAAUAAAUAAAAAAAAUAAUGUAGCUAGCGAUUAUACAAAUAUUGGAGAUGAAAAAGAAGAAAUUAUAUUAAGUAAUAACACUGAUACUAAUAUUAACUCUGAUAUGUUAAUGCAAUAUAAUAGAUUAUAUAAAGGAAAUGAAAAGUUAGUUAGACAAAAUAGUGUUGAAAGAAAUAUAGAAACACGUGGACAAAAUAUUUCUAUGGCUAGCUAUAUCGAAAAUAAUAAUAAUAAUAAUAUGAACAUGGUCAGGCGAAAUGGAAAUAAUAGUAACAAUAUAUUAAAUACUAAUGCCAAUAUUAAUAAUAUACACCAUUUUAAAUAUUCAAAUAUAUUUAAAAAUAAUGCUAAUUAUGAAAAUGAUAAUAUGAAAACUCCUAACGAAUCAAAUAUUAUGAACAUGCUAGCCGAAUUAAAUAAUAGCCCAAAUAAUUCAAAAAAUAUACGAAAUGAAACAUCGAAUAUGGAAUCUUUACCACAUACUGUUGAUAAUUUAUCACACAUUAAUAAUAGAAAUUCUCAUACUAAUUUUGAUAUAUUAAAUAGAGAUAAUCCACAAAUAAUUGCAGAACAAAGAAAAAUAAAUGAUAAUAUUAGAAAUUCUAAUAGCUCACCAAGGGCCAAUAUUAACAUGAACGAGUCAGGUAUUAUAAUGGACACAAUCGGAACAAAUCACACUAACUAUAAUAAUAACAUAUAUGAUAAUAACACAUAUGAUAAUAACACUAAUUCAUAUAUUUUCAAAAAAUAUUUUGGAAUUAAUUCACAAACAAAUUUUGAAAAAGAAGAAAACCAACACAUAAAUAAUAAUGAUCAUAUAAAACAAAAAAAUUUUAUGCAAACUAAAGAUUCAAUAAAUAAUGAUAAUAUAAGAAAUGGAAAUGAGCAUAUUAGAAUGAUGAUACCAUGUAAUGAAAUAAAUGUAAAUAAUUUGAAUAGAAAUUUAAAUAAAGGACAUAUAAAUAAAUAUACUAAUUCAUGUUCGGAUAUUAAAAAUAUAUAUCAAGAAGAUGAUGAUUAUAUAAAUAAUAAAUAUGACCAAAUAGAUUCUAAUCCAAUUCCCCAAAAAUAUUUAAGCAAAACUUUUUCUAAUUUAGAUGCAAUACACAAAUUUAAAGAUUCAGAUGAAGAUGCCCAGCAAAUAUUACGAAUGAUUGUAACCCAAAGAAAUGAAAUGAUGAAUGAAAAUGAUAAUGAACAAAAUUAUAGAAACAUUAGAAGUAGUAGUGCCCAUAGUAAUAAUGGUUAUUCUUAUAUGAAUCACAAAAAUAAUAAAAUAAAUAUAAAACAAGAUGAAAAUAUAUUAAACACCCCAAUUGGAAAUAAUACACUAUUUAAUGGAUCAAAUAACAAUUCACAAAAUAUGAAUCAAAAUUUUGAUAUAAAUAAUUUUCCAUUAUAUAUGAAUAAAAAUAUGAUUGAUUUUAGUGUCAAUAAAAAUAAGCAAUUAAACAGUAACAAUAAUAAUAACAAUUUUGAUUUUAAAAAUAAUAAAGAUAUAUAUAUGAAUAAUAAUGGACAUAUCUUUUUUCAAAAUUCAAACAAUGAUGUGAGCCCCAAUAGAUACAUCGAUAUUAAUUAUGGUAAUAACAAUGUUUAUAAAAAAACAACAUCUAACGAAAAUACAAAUUAUUUAUCAUUUAAAGAUAAAAGAACAGAUACUCAUGAUGAUUAUUUAUUAAGUAGACAAAUAUAUAAAGAUGUAAAUAUAUCACAUGAAAAAAGUGUUAAUAAUAAAAAUAUAUCUCUUCUUAAUUCUAAUUUAAAUUUGGUUGCAAAUAUAAUUGGAAACGAUGAUAGAAACAAUGGUAAUACAAAAUAUGUUGAAGAAAAUCAAAAUAAAAAUGAACAAAAUAGUAGCAAAAAUAAUAAAAAAAAUGAAAAAAACUAG